CCGACGGCUGCCAGCGUAAAUGCAUUCUAUGGCGUGCUCGUCGCUCUGCAAGCUAUGGCUGCCAAUAGAGAGUGCGAGUGUGAAGCCCGCUAGCUCGCCGUCUGCCCGUGCAAGAACGGUGCUUCUCGCCGUCCUCUUCCUCCUGCUCGGCGGUGGUGGCGAUGGCGAGGUGCUGGCUGCGGCCGCGUCGACGGACACCAUCCUCCCCGGCGAGAGCAUCACCGGCGACCAGACACUGGUCUCCAAGAACGGGGAGUUCGAGCUGGGGUUCUUCAACCCGGGCGUCGGGAUCCACUACUUCCUCGGCGUCCGGCUCAGGAACCUGGCGAGCUACAGCCCCACGUUCUGGAUCGGGGACAGGGUCUACGUCGUCGACCUGCCGCGCGCGGCGCUCGAGCUCUUUGGCGACAGCUUGUACAUCAAGGAGGCCGGGGCCAGCCUCUGGUGGUCGACCGUGGCGGGAAACGACUCCUCGGGCGCCGCCGCCGCCGCCGUCGCGGUCCUCCUCGACACCGGCGACCUUGUCGUCAGGGACCAGAGGAACUCUUCCCGGGUGCUGUGGCGGAGCUUCGACUACCCCGGCGAUGCGCUGCUCCCCGGCGGGAGGCUCGGGCUCGACGCCGCCACCGGGACGAACGUCUCGCUAACGUUCGAGGGCUUCUCCCACAACGGCAGCCUCCGGGCCGACGCGAGCAGGAAGAACGGGUUCGUGCUCACCACCGACAGGCGCGACCGCCGCGGCACCUUCCCGGACUGGAUAGUGACCUCCCAAGACAAUGGCAGCUCGCUGGUGCUCAACCACCCCGGCACCCCAAAUUCCACCGAGUUCUUGCAGCUGAAAGUCGGGCAAGUCAGCCUGAUGCGGUGGUCGGACGCCGACACCGGCUGGGUCCCACGCUGGGCAUUCCCCUCCGGCUGCAAGUCCGGCGGCUUCUUCUGCGGCAACUUCGGCGCCUGCACGGCCGACGGUGAAUGCCGGUGCGUCGACGGGUUCAAACCGUCGGACCCCAAGGAGUGGGGGCUCGGCUACUUCGUCACCGGCUGCUCGAGGUCUCUCCCACUGAGCUGCGACGCGAACGGCCAGACCGAGCACGGCGACUCCUUCGCCAUUCUUGACAAGCUGCACGGGCUCCCUUACAACGCUCAGGAUGAGCCAGUGACCACUGACGAAGAUUGCAGAGCUGCUUGUCUGAACAAAUGCUACUGCGUCGCAUACUCGAUUGAAUCUGGAUGCAAGCUCUGGUACUACAACCUGUACAAUCUGAGCUCAGCUGAUAAACCUCCAUACAGCAAGAUCUAUGUCCGUUUGGGUUCCAAGCUCAAAAGCAACAAGGGAUUGGCCACAAGAUGGAUUGUGCUCCUUGUGGUUGGAUCAUUAGCUGUAGCUUCUGCAAUCUUGGCACUGGUGCUUCUAUGCAGAUAUAGGAGAGAUUUGUUUGGUUCUGGUAAGUUUGCAGUAGAAGGCUCUCUGGUUGUUUACUCUUAUGCACAGAUCAAGAAGGCUACCGGGAAUUUCUCCGAUAAGCUCGGGGAGGGUGGAUUCGGAAGUGUUUUCAGAGGGACAUUGCCUGGAUCAACAACUGCUGUUGCUGUUAAGAAUCUGAAAGGCCUUGGGUACGCUGAGAAGCAGUUCAGAGCAGAAGUACAGACGGUUGGGAUGAUCCGACACACUAAUCUUGUGCGUCUCUUGGGAUUUUGUGUCAAAGGGAACAGAAAGUUGCUGGUCUAUGAGUACAUGCCAAAUGGAUCUUUGGAUGCUCACAUCUUCUCAGAAAAAUCAAGUCUUUUGAGCUGGCAAGUUCGGUACUGGAUUGCACUUGGUAUUGCAAGGGGUCUAGCCUAUCUACAUGAGGAAUGCAAGGACUGCAUCAUACAUUGUGACAUUAAACCCGAGAACAUACUUCUUGACGGGGAAUUCCACCCCAAGAUCGCAGAUUUCGGCAUGGCGAAGCUUCUUGGACGAGGAUUUAACGCAGCAUUGACCACCAUCAGAGGAACCAGAGGCUAUCUUGCACCGGAGUGGAUAUAUGGGCAGCCGAUUACCAAGAAGGCAGAUGUUUAUAGCUUCGGCAUCGUGCUUCUCGAAAUAAUCUCAGGGAGGAGGAGUACCGUCGCGAUGAAAUUCGGGAGCCAUCGGUAUUUUCCCAGCUAUGCAGCUGCACAAGUGAACGAAGGAGAUGUCUUGUGCUUACUGGACAGCAGGCUUAAAGGAGAUGCGAAUGUGGAGGAGCUCGACAUCACCUGUAGAGUCGCUCUGUGGUGCAUCCAGGAUGGAGAGAGUGACAGGCCGUCGAUGGGGCAAGUCGUUCGCAUGCUGGAAGGCGUUGUUGACACAGAGAUCCCUCCAAUUCCAGCUUCGUUUCAGAACCUGAUGGAUGGCGGUGACAGUGAUGUAUACUCUGAAGAAACCUGGCGCGUGAGGACCCAUGAUUAGUGCCAUUCUCCCUUCAAGUUUUCAGAAUGAAACAAUUUGGUGUCAGAAGAUUGAUCGGGCAGAAAUUAGAUAUGUGCCUGUAAAUGUACGGAAAAGUUCUAAAAAUCGCUGUUCUAGUCACCUUACCUUGACAUCUUCUUUUACUUUUUAAGUUCAGACAUGCAUAAAACUAUACGAUCAAA